UGAAAACCAAUGCUAUAGCCAAGUGAAUCAAUUCCCUGUGUGUGCAAAAGACUCCUACACAUUACAAAACUUCAUGGACAAAAUUCAGCGCAUGAAUCUAUUUGUGUGCCACGCGUUGACAUGAUAAAUACAAGGCAAGCUAGUGUGAUCUCGCCUCCAGUGUGCUGACGUUUGUGGCUAUCGGGGAGGAUUUAUAAUAAUGAUGAAUCCCCGCGGUCGUGCGCGCAGGUCCCUGUAAUUAUGGCUGUCGUUCUGCCGCGAAAAAAAAUCCCCUGUUGGAGCAUUUUAUCUUAAUCACUCAACGCCUCUAUUCUAAUUAAUUUGACAAGUUCCCCCCCCCCCCUCACCAACCGCGAAAUCCCUAUUAGUAGACGCAUCCUUAAAUAUGACGAGUCUUUCGAAACGGUCUGUCAUGUGGACGAACAAAAAGAUAAUACCAAGAGUAAAGCACGGUGGAAAAGGUUAAGACGCAGCUUCCCAUAGCUAUUUCCCAGCAGAAAGCCCUGAGCCAUCCCCCUCCCGAGUGCUCCUCAUGUUUCUAUAGUAAUUUCCAGCCAAUGAUCAGUAGGUGUCCACAUCCCAGCUUCCUCACCUCAGCACCAAUCAGCCACACACAGCGACAGGAGACACGGACCGAGCAAACACUAGGCAGCCACACAAUACACCCCGGACCAAGAGGAAACACCUAACCCCUCGAUAUUUUCCCCCACGGUGCUGUGGUGCUCAAGAAAGCUGUUUUUAAACUAUCGCGAUUUUUUUCUUUUUGUACUUUUGUUUUCCGACACAGAAGUCGUUAAAAUGGUUCUUUUGUUUUGAGCGUUGUGUAUGAGAGUGUGUGAGAGAGAGUGUGGUCCUGUAUCUUGUGUCUUAUUUUUCUUCAUUACGCUGAGCAGUAAUGUGCUGCUUUAUAUCGUCAGACUGCUAGCGUCUGGAUUCUGUUCUCACCAGGAAUCUGUGCCGGAGAGGAUAACCCAGGAUGGUAACGUAUUGUUGGUAACCAGCUUCAGCUAGACCAAGGCCAACUCAACCCCAGACUUUACUUUCAGACCCCCUUGAAAACUACCGUCAGCCAUGUCUAAUAUAAACAAUCCACUUUGCAUUGAGAAUGGACAGAAUGCUGACGUGUCUCUCCUGCAAAAGGAUAAUCUUCAGGAUGGUGGAUUAAGCCAGCUGUUGGAUUACAAUGCAGAAAUGGAAAGGUACAGGUCUUUUGCAAACUUUUACAAAACCAACGGGGCAUUUCCACAGACGGCAAAAAUCGCCCGCAUCACGACGCCAAUUUUUCCCAGUGCCAGAAUCGGCGUGUCCCCUUGGAACUGUGAUAACACCAUGCUCUGGGGAAGGAAAUCAGCGGCAAUAAACCCUAAUAGGACCAGCAUGCACAGAAAUGACUCCCAGAGGCCGGGGAAGCCUGGCGUGGGGCCAGAGACACUGCAAAUGGCAAAUAAUAAUUUCCUCUCUACCUUAUCCCCCGAACACUGCAGACCUUUAGCAGGAGAAUGCAUGAACAAGCUGAAAUGCGGCGCUGCUGAAGCAGAGAUAAUGAAUCUCCAGGAUCGCGUUGGAACUUUUUCCGCUAUUCCGGCUUUAGGGGGCAUCUCAUUACCUCCCGGGGUCAUCGUCAUGACAGCCCUUCACUCCCCCGCAGCCUCAGCAGCCGUUACAGACAGUGCGUUUCAAAUUGCCAAUCUGGCAGACUGCCCACAGAAUAAUUCCUCGGCAUCCAGUGGAAACCCAGCCAAGAAGAAAAGGAAAAGGUGUGGGGUCUGUGCGCCCUGCAGGAGGCUAAUCAACUGCGGGGUGUGCAGCAGUUGUCGGAACCGCAAAACGGGCCACCAGAUCUGCAAAUUUAGGAAAUGCGAGGAGCUGAAGAAGAAGCCUGGCUCGUCGCUGGAGGAGCCCAAGAGGGACACACACAGCACAUGGCCUCUGGUGGCACCAUGCCAUAUGGCGCUCGGGAUCUCUAGAGUGGUUUUUGGCAACUCUCUCGCAGAAGGUCAAAUAUCAAGUCAGAGGACUGCAACGAGGACACCAGUCAAUAAUGGAGAAGCGUUCCGAUGGUUCUUUUAGGCCCAACCCUGGUGACAUCACGCUGACAGACGUCAGGCUAUGACUCACUGCAAGAAGCACUUGUGGGCUCCCAAAACGGAACACUCCGACUGUGGAGAAGAAAAGGAAGACUUAAACAGAAAAAAAGAUAAAAAAGAAAA